GACAUUUUCCCAUCCCCUUCCCCCAAGUUUUCAGCUUCGACUCUCGGCGUGGUUCUUUCCCACAACCGUUCUAUCCACGCAGAGCAUCUGUACACUCCUUGUCUUUGUCUUGUUUCAAGUCUUGAAGUCUUAAUCCCAAUCAACAAUGGCAUCAGUAUUCGUUGGUAACAUUCCUUAUGGCGUCUCCGAGGAUCAGCUUAAGGCCAUUUUCAGCGAGGCCGGCCCAGUUGUCUCCUUCAGGAUUGUCCAAGAUCGCGAGACUGGCCGUUCCAGGGGUUUUGGCUUCUGUGAAUUCCAGAGCCCAGACUCUGCUCAGACUGCCAUGAGAAACCUCAAUGGCUAUGAGCUCAAUGGCAGAAGUCUGCGAGUUGACUCCGCCAACCGAAAGUAAAGCACUUUUGAGUCAACUGCACCACAGAAGAUUGCUCUGCUGUCCAAGCUGCGUCUCCAUUUCUAUUAAGAUCAAGAAAAAUGUUUAAAAGGAUCCAAUAAAUCAAUUCUUUUU